GAAGCUUUAGGAGGCUCGUUCUUCCGUCAUCAUCGCGCGACCUGGCAACAUCACACUGCGGCCGGCCGGCCUACGUGACAUGCAGGCUUCCCUAUUUCCGGCGUCGCUCUUCGUACAUAUGACAACAUCGGAAUGUGGCUCCAUGCACGCCUGUGCCGUACAGGAUGAACGCCGGCACGCUGCUGCUGGGUUGCCAGCGAAAGUGAAAACCGCGAUGGCCGAUCGGCAUUCAGUUGUUACCGAAUCGCUGUUGUCAUAGGAGGCGAGCCGGCGUGCCGUGAUCCUCAUUUGUUUAUUUUCUUUCACCGUGUUCCCUGUGAGCGUUGAGCGGGUGCCGGAAGACGCACAGUUUGUUGUUCCGUGAGAAGUGGUGUGUUUACACGCGUCCGAGAAUCUGAACGGUAACUGUUUAGUGUUGCGUUCUUUUUGUUUACGUUUUGUUUAGAACACGUGGUAGUGUGUUGUUAGCCGGUUAGUUUACAUGGUGCCGGCGUUACGAUAGCUGGAGUUCUCGUUGGGAUCGCGUAUUUGGCUCUUAAUAAGUAUGAUUUUGAAACUGGUGAAAAUAAUCUUUCCGUUUCGCUUCACUCUUGACUCCGUUUUCUAUGAGUCCUCAAUACGUUCGAGACUAAGUCUCAGAUGCCGACGACAACUCCAGUUCGGGAAAUCUCAUUGCAGUGCAACCCAACCAACUAAAAUGUAAACAGUGAACCAAAAAACAGUGAAGUGCUUUUAGGAUGAACUUUCGCGAUCCAUCUGGCGAAAUGCAUAGUUUGAACUUUCUGCAACUGAGUGGGCCGUCGCAGCCCAUCAACAUCACCCAUUACAAUGGGCGGCCGGGAGGAAUGGGCGGAUUGGGCGGCAGCCAUCACCAUCGGUACCACACCUACAAGUACCAGAACUACCAUCAUGGGUACGGCAGCCCGAGGUCGAGUCCAAGUCCGGACACCAGCUUGGACAGCAGCUUCCCCAACACGCCGAUCAGGGACGAAGAAACUCUGUUCUCUCCCUCGCCGAAGAUCGUAGACUCCUCUCCUUCCUCAAAAUCCUCGCUGAAGGAACGCCACCAUCAUCACCACUCAAUCCAGGAGUUGAUCAGGCACUUCGGGAAGAAGGUACAGCACUGGAGGUCAGAAGGUGGCAGUGGAAGAAGGAAUUCGUGCAAUGAGACCAAGACUGAAGACGAGGACCCGUUCAGAGCCAGGAGUAAAUCCUUGGAUUAUACGUUGAAGAGGCCUACGGCGCUGGGGGAUUGCGAGGCCACAUAUAGGAUAUACGAUACUAUCCUCAAGGAAGGUAGGAAUAUUUUUUUAUUACCAGAGUAA